AUGACGACGACUGCGGGCCACGAGGAUCCCUUUCAAGACCCGGUGAGCGCGACGCCGCAGCCUCCCAGCGCCAUCGAGGCCAACUCGAGCAAUGCUCAUGUUCCGGACACGCUCGCUGUAGGCAGAAAUGCCUCGCUUACCCUGGGGACAGACGCCCUGAUAGUGUUGGAGAACAUAUCCACUCGUUCCAUUCCCUUUUACAAUGUGCUCUGGGCCGAACACUCGGAAGAUGGCCAAGUGACUAUCCAGUACGCGCAGCCGACGUCGAAGAAGUCUGUGCGACCGGCCAUCAUCAGCUACACACUCGACAAGCCGGACGGUAGACUCUCAGAAGCUUGGAUCGAAAAGCUAUUGGAUCGCGCGUAUGGAGUGUCGCAAAGACGCAAGCGCGUCAAGGUGCUCAUUAACCCAUUUGGAGGCCAAGGCGGCGCUUUGAAGAUCUACCACAAGUCUAUUGCACCCAUCUUUGCGGCAGCUAGGUGUGAGCUGGAUGUUGAGAAGACGCAGCACAAUGGACACGGCGUGGAAAUUGCGCAGAAUUUGGACAUCGAGGCCUACGAUGUGGUGGCAUGCGCUUCGGGGGACGGUAUACCGCAUGAGGUCUGGAAUGGCCUAGGCAAGAGACCGGACGCUGCGCGGGCGCUUGUCAAGAUCGCUGUCGCGCAACUACCCUGCGGUUCAGGCAAUGCCAUGAGUCUGAACUUCAACGGAACGGAUGACCCCAGCCUGGCAACCCUCGCGGUUGUCAAAGGCUUACGAACUCCCCUGGACUUGGCAUCAAUCACCCAAGGCAACCGCCGCACCCUCUCCUUUCUCUCUCAAUCCGUAGGCAUAGUCGCAGAAACCGACCUCGCAACCGAACACCUCCGCUGGAUGGGCAGCGCUCGCUUCACCUGGGGCUUCCUCGUGCGCCUCAUCUCGCAGACCAUCUACCCAGCCGACAUCGCCGUCAAAGUCGAAAACAGCACCAAGCCCUCGGUCCGCGACGCCUACCGCGCCCAAGCUUCCAAACCCACGCGCGCCACCGACGACCGCCCCAUCCCGGCCACCGAUGCCGGUCUCCCCGCCCUCAAGUACGGAACCAUCAACGACCCUUUGCCCUCUGAAUGGCAGCUAAUCCCCCACGACAAACUCGGCAACUUUUACGCCGGAAACCUAUCUUACAUGUCCCCCGAUGCCAACUUCUUCCCCGCCGCCCUCCCCUCGGACGGCUGUCUCGACCUCGUCCGCAUCCGCGGCGACAUUCCCCGCCUCACCGCCAUCCAAACCCUCCUCUCGGUCGAAAAUCACACCUUUUUCGAUCUCCCCCACGUCGAUUACCAAAAGGUGAGCGCGUACCGCAUCAUUCCAAAGAAUCAGGAGCAGGGAUACAUUAGCAUUGAUGGCGAGCGGGUCCCGUUUGAGGGGUUUCAGUGUGAGGUUCAUCGGGGGUUGGGUACGGUGUUGAGCUUGAGUGGGAGGUUGUGUGAGGCCAAGGGCGUAUGA